AUGGCACGAGGUUCUUUUAACGCUGAUCCUUCGGGGUUGAAGCUCGACUCCGUUUCCAAGAACGAGACAGUACGAAAUACUGUUCCAGUCGAAGACGCUUCCAGUUCGGAAAGUAGUUCCUACACCGAGGACAAAACUUUCAUUCGUGUCGAUGGUGAAAACGCAUAUGUCCCUAUUGACAGAUACGAAGGUCGCCAUCGCUGGGACCCUGAAUUUGAAUGGGAUCCGGCGGAAGAAAAGAAGCUCGUACGCAAGAUAGACUGGAAGAUCUGUACAUGGGUCUGUCUUACUUUUUUUGCGCUUCAACUGGACAGAGCGAACAUCGUCCAGGCCCUGACCGACAACAUGCUGGAAGAUCUCAACCUGAACACAAAUGAUUACAACUAUGGGCAGACUAUCUUUUAUGUGUGCUUCUUGGCGGCAGAACUGCCGUCGCAGUUGAUAUCGAAGAAGUUAGGCCCUGACCGCUGGAUACCGGUUCAGAUGAUCAGCUGGAGCAUUGUGGCCAGUUGCCAGGCUUUCUUGAGUGGGAAGUCGUCAUUCUACGCCUGUCGUGCAUUGUUGGGAUUGAUUGAAGGGGGCUUCAUCCCUGAUACAAUUCUAUACCUCAGUUAUUGGUACAAGGGGAGGGAACUUCCUGCUCGACUGGCAUGGUUUUGGACGUCCUAUCAAGCAACGAGCAUUAUUGGUGCAUUUUUGGCAGCUGCCAUUCUCACCAUGCGCGGAGUCAAUGGUCUCGCCGGAUGGCGAUGGUUGUUCGCGUUGGAAGGGACAGUGACUGGCCUUAUUGGUAUCGCCACGUAUUUCUAUAUGCCACCGUCACCCUGUCAGACGGCUUCCAGGUUUCGCGGAAAAGACGGUUGGUUCUCGGUGCGAGAGGAGAAAAUCAUGGUCAACCGUAUCCUUCGUGACGACCCUUCAAAAGGAGACAUGCACAAUCGACAAGCCGUCACUCCCAAGCUACUGUACCAUGCCCUGUGCGACUGGGAAAUGUGGCCAAUCUACCUGAUUGGUCUCUCGUUCCUCAUUGUCAAUUACCCGGCGACGCAGUAUCUAUCUCUCAUCCUCAAGCAAUCCUUUGGUCGAUUCGAAGUCAACAUGCUCACGAUCCCAUCAUACGUUCUCUUCAUAAUCAAUCUGCUUUUUUGGACUUGGGUCUCGGAGAAGACGAACCAGCGCUUCUUGACCGGUCUCGUCAGUCAGUUCUGGGCUAUGCCAUUGCUCAUUGCUUCGGAAUUGCUCCCUGCUGACGCCUCCCGGUGGGUCAAGUAUACCUUGGUGACACUCCUUGUUGGUACACCGUAUGUGCAUGCUAUCAAUGUGGCGAUUACCAGUCGCAAUGCCGGUUCAGUAAGGACCAGAACUGUUGCGUCGGCCUUGUACAACAUGUUUGUCCAGGCGAGUAACAUCAUUGGGUCGAAUAUCUACCGCAACAACGACAAGCCAAUGUAUCGGACAGGUAACAAGAUUCUUAUCGCCAUUUGUGCCUACAACAUUGUGUUGUUUCUGGGAGCCAAAUCCUUCUAUGUCUGGAGGAACAAAGUUCGAGAUCGCAAGUGGAAUUCGAUGACGGAUGCUGAGAGGAGAGAAUAUCUUGCGACGACGACCGACAAAGGUAAUAAGAUGUUGACCUUCCGGUUCGCACAUUAAGAAAUAGGGCGCCGGCAAGCAUAAAAACACACCACCAUCAGCUCCUUCUCUUGAAGUAUUGAUGUUAUGCGUCGUGGCGAAUGUCCCAAGUUGUGCCUCUUUAUUCCUUUAAGACCUUCGACGGCAUCAGAUGCUGAUCAGACAUUCGAAGUGAUACAUAUCGGCCGCGUAGAUAUCAGUAUUCAGGUCCAAAGCUACAAAGAGCAUUCAGCCUUUUAAUAAAUCCACAGAUC